AUGCCAUUUCUCGAUCGCCCAAGUCAAAACCUCCCCAUACCGCAACUGGACAAGCAAUCAUUUAACGGCUCUGUUCCUGCUGUUCCCGUUCCGUCCGUUGCGAAAUUGACAAUUCCCGAUGUUUGCACUGAUUUUGGUUUUACCGCUCAUGAUUUAAUUAAUGAAGGUGAACUAGGCCAUGGCAAUUUCGCUUUUGUACAAAAGAUGCGGCAUCGCAAUCUCAAUUAUUCCAUGGCAAUUGUUCGAUCUGUACUAAAUGAGCGGGAAAAAAGCAAAUCAUUGAAGGAUCUUCAGAUUAUUAUGAAAUCUAAAUACAAACACAUUGUUACCUUUUAUGGCGCCAUCUUUCACGAAAGUGAAUGUUGGAUAUGCAUGGAGCUGAUGGACUCCUCUCUGGAUAAAUUUUAUAAAAUCGUCUAUUUUGAGCUCAAAUCCUCUAUUCCGGAAGCUGCUCUGGCAAAGAUCACAGUUGCUAUCGUAUCUGCCUUGAAUUAUCUGAAAUGCGACUUACAUGUCAUGCAUAGAGAUGUGAAACCCUCAAAUGUUCUUAUCAACAAGGGUGGCGAUGUGAAGCUAUGCGAUUUUGGAAUUUCCGGUGACCUUGUAAACAGCCUUGCAAUGACCAAAGAUGUCGGUUGUAAACCCUAUAUGGCGCCGGAGCGAAUAAACCCCGAUCUAAUGUCCCACGGCUACGAUGUGCGCUCCGACGUCUGGAGUCUGGGGAUAAGUCUGGUGGAGUUGGCUACUGGCCACUUCCCUUAUCCCUCAUGGCGGUCUCCAUUCCAUCAACUCCAGUCCGUACUCCAGUCACCCUCUCCCCAGCUCCCUCCUAAUGAGGAGAUGGAAAUCCCCUUCUCUCCGGCUAUGCGGGAAUUCGUUGAGGCCUGUCUGCAGAAGGACCUCAAGAAGAGACCCAAGUAUGCUGCUCUCAUGCUCUGGUUAGGUUGUCGUUAA